AUGCCGCCUCCACCCCAUAUCAAACCGGAGAAUGUCCUGAAGAGGGCUCAAGAGCUCAUCGCCGUGGGUCAGGCUCCCGCCGCCCUGAAUGUCCUUCACGAACAUGUCACCUCUAAGAGGACGCGCAGCACCCCUAUCGUUUCGCUCGAACCUGUGAUGCUCCUCUUCGUGGAAUUGUGUGUCGAUCUUCGCAAAGGAAAGGCUGCCAAGGAUGGUCUCUACCAGUACAAGAACAUCGCCCAGAACACCAACGUGGGAACGAUCGAGGUCGUCCUCAAGAAGUUCAUCGAGCUCGCCGAGAAGAAGGUCACCGAAGCCCAGGCCAAGGCCGACGAAAUCCAGUCCUCGCUGGAAUCCGCCGCCCCUUCGUCCAACGUCGAGGAUCUGGAGGCCAUCGAGACUCCCGAGACCAUCCUGCUCGCGACCGUCUCCGGCGAGCAGUCCCGUGAUCGCACCGACCGCGCCGUCGUGACCCCCUGGCUCAAGUUUCUCUGGGAGACCUACCGCACCGUUCUCGAGAUCCUGAAGAACAAUGCUCGCCUGGAGGUGAUGUACCAGACCACCGCCCUGCAGGCCUUCCAGUUCUGCCUCAAGUACACCCGUAAGACCGAGUUCCGCAGACUCUGUGAGCUGCUCCGAAACCACGUUCAGAAUGCCGCCAAGUACUCCGCUCAGAUGCACGCUAUCAACCUCAGCGACCCCGAUACCCUGCAGCGCCAUCUGGACACCCGUUUCCAGCAGCUGAACGUUGCCGUCGAACUCGAGCUCUGGCAGGAGGCUUUCCGCAGCAUUGAGGAUAUCCACACCCUUCUGAGCCUCAGCAAGCGCCCCGCCAAGAACGUCAUGAUGGCCAAUUACUACGAGAAGCUGGCCCGCAUCUUCCUCGUGAGCGAGAACUAUCUGUUCCACGCAGCCGCCUGGAACCGCUACUACAACCUCCUCCGCCAGUCGGCCGCUGCUCUCGCCGCCGGUCAGGGUACCAAGAAGGAGAACCCCUCCGUGACCGAUGCCGAUAUGACCAAGGCCGCUUCUUUCGUUCUCCUGUCGGCUCUCUCCAUCCCCGUCAUCAGCACCUCCCGUUCCCGCGGUGCCCUGGUCGACGUGGAUGAGGUGCGCAAGAACAAGAACACGCGUCUGACCAACCUGUUGGGCAUGGCUCAGGCCCCUAGCCGCGCCGUUCUGUUCCGGGAUGCCCUGAACAAGGGUCUGCUCAAGCGUGCCCGCCCCGAGAUCCGCGAUCUCUACAACAUCCUGGAAGUCGACUUCCACCCUCUGUCCAUCUGCAAGAAGAUCACUCCCAUCCUCAAGCAGAUCGGCGCUGACCCCGAGAUGGAGAAGUAUGUUCUGCCUCUGCAGCAGGUUAUCCUGACUCGUCUCUUCCAGCAGCUGUCUCAGGUCUACGAAUCCGUCGAGCUCAAGUUCAUCUACGAGCUGGCCCAGUUCCCCGAACCCUUCCAGGUCACCCCCGCGAUGAUCGAGAAGUUCAUCAUGAACGGCUGCAAGAAGGGCGACCUCGCCAUCCGUGUGGACCACAUCUCGGGCGUUCUGACCUUCGAUACUGACAUCUUCUCGUCCGCCAAGGCUCUGCACCCCGGCAGUGCGGCUGGCUCCGCCGAGAGUGAGGCCGGCUCCGUUCAGCGCCUGCAGAACACCCCGGCUGAAAUCGCUCGCCUUCAGCUCACCCGUCUGGCCAAGACCCUCCACGUCACCUGCAUGUACGUUGAUCCUUCGUACAGCGAGGUCCGGAUCCAGGCCAAGCAGGCCGCCCAGGCUCGUGCCGCGGCCGGUGUUGCCAAGGAGCACGAGGAGACUCUGGCUCGCCGUGUCAUCAUCGACAAGAAGAAGGAGGCUGCUACCGAUGCUCUGCAGCGUAAGCAGAGAGAGGAGGAGACCCGCAAGCGGAUCCGCACCCAGCAGCUGCAGGAGGCGGAGAAGCAGAGACUGCUCGACGAGCAGAGAGAGCGUGAGAAGAAGCGGAUCAAGGACGAGCAGGACCGCAUCCGCCAGCAGGAGUUGAAGAAGCAGCUGGAGGAACUCAAGUCCGGUGUCAAGGGCAUCGACAUCAGCGAGCUUGACCUGGAGGAUCUGGACGCCAAUCGCCUGCGCGCCAUCAAGCUUGCCCAGCUUGAGAAGGAGAAGAACGAACUCAACGACAAGAUCCGUACCACUGCCAAGCGUAUCGACCAUCUUGAGCGUGCCUUCCGCCGUGAGGAGUUGAAGCACAUUGCGGAGGACUACGAGGCCCAGAAGCAACACGAUAUGGAGGUCUACGAGGCCACCAAGGCCGAAACGCUGAAGGAGGCUAAGGAAAAGCACGCGGAGGCGGUCGCGCUCAAGCACCGUCUCAGCCGCCUGGUGCCCGUCUACAGCAACUUCCGCAAGGAGGUGUCGGAGAAGCGCCACGAGGAGUUCGAGAAGCGCCGCAAGGCUGCCGAGCGGGACUUCGAGGCCAAGAAGAAGCAGCGUAUCAGAGAAGUGCAGGAGCGCAGACGUCGCGAGAGAGCCGAGCGCGAGGCCGAAGAGCAACGCCAGAAGGAGGAGGAAGAGCGUGCCCGACGCGAGGAGGAGGAGAGAGUCGCUCGCGAGGAAGAGCGCAGACGCGUCUUGACCGAGGAGAAGGCCAAGCGCGAGGAGGAGAGAAAGAAACUCGACGAGAUUGCUCUCAAGCAGAAGCAGCGCGAAGAGGAAGCCGAGGCUCGCCGUGCCGCCAGAAAGGCCGGUGUCACAGAACCCCCUCCCCGUGCCGCGGAGCCCGAGCGGACCGCUCCUCGCCUCAACAUCGCCCCCCGCACCGGUGGUUCCAGCUGGAGAGAGCGUCAAGCUGCCAAGGAGGCUGCUGGUGGCGCUGCCCCUGCUGCUGCCCCCGCUCCGGAAGCUCCCAAGGAAGAGGCCCAACCCCCCCGCAGGACCGGCGGCGGAUACGUGCCUCCUCACCUUCGCUCCGGCGCCGGCGCCAGCGCCGCUCCCGCUGCUCCUCCCGCGACCGAGAAGUACGUGCCCCGCCAUAUGCGCGACUCGAGCUCUUCGCAACCCCCCUCCCGCACGCAGACUCCUCCCGCCCCGGCUGCCGAGAAGCCCGAGGGAUCCGGCGCUCCCCAGAAGUGGGUGCCCCGGUGGAAGCAGCAGCAGUCCUAG